GAAGUUGAUUACUUAUUGAUCUUACUUAUCACUAGUCGUUUUCCUUGUCGUUUUCCAACCAACCAUUGCCCUGGCUCUAGAAGCCUAUUCCCAAAACCUUCUACCACACAGGGCCAGCACCGGACCUUCACCCCGACAGCUUCCUCAGUUCCUAGUAUUGCUCAUUUUUCCAUGAUGUUUUCUCAAAAAGAGAGGGGCAGGAACGGGAUUAGCAUAAGGUCCUCAUCCCUAGCGUCUGACCGCCCAGACCGAUCGCAGGGAACCAACAGGUUCAACUUGAGCCUCCCUCAGGACCAGAUGAACGCUGGGUUUCCAGGACCCGAGCUUCGGCCAUUAGUUUCUCCCAGCUACGAUGAGGUGCCGAUAUGGAAUAUUCUUCCAUCGUACCAGUUGUUUGAGUCAACCUUUUCCAAGAGCAUCAACCCGACACAAGAGGACCGGCGUGAGAGUCCGCCGACAUAUUACAAUGUCACCACCCCCGAGUCAUCGGGUACAGACUCCCUGCCAGAAGCCGGGUACUUUCAUGUUGAUUCUUCUGUGAGAGUACCCCAGGGAGAUGUGCUCCCUACCCGGUGGGAAGAUACGAUUCUUGCCAAUACACACAAGAUGAAGCGCCUUGCGGAUUUGGGCUUGAAAACUCCGUCCAAAUUAAAGGUUGAAAUCUACUUCACUACUGGUCGGGGUAAGCCCAGCAUAUUAUCUCAACCCAUUGAUGUUCUGGGAUAUGAAUACCAGCAGGGAGAUGAGAUCCAUGGGUAUGUGCUUGUGCAAAACACGUCUUCGGAGCCGUUGGAUUUUGAUAUGUUUUCUGUGGUUUUUGAAGGCAGGGUCACGGUGAUGGGAGAUGUCAGCGACUCCAAAAGACCGGUGGUAUUCCACAAGUUCCUCAACAUGUUUGACUACAAUGCCUCAUGGACUCCGGCAGAGUUGGAUGACAGGAAUACGGAUCUUGAGCACUAUACAGACUCUUUGGAUGGAACUUUGUUGAGGUUUCCUUACGAAAAGAAGUUUUUUCCCAAGGUAGUUUACAAAAAGUUCUUUGAUUUCACACUUCCAGAGAGACUUCUUGACUGUGCUUGCGAGUCGCAUGAUCUCGAAAGGCACUGUCAGGUGGCUCCAUCUAUAGGACUUGCCAGAGAGCAGUUUCUUCAGAGUAUUCGGAGAAUGAGACAGCGAAACCCUAAAAAUCGCCAAACCGGAAGUGCAGACUUUUCCCUUACACCCAUCCGAUCAGGGUUUGGUUCCUUGGCUCCUGUGUUAUCCAAUUCUUCUCAGAAUAAGAAAAUGAGUAGUUUGGGUGAAGCGUUUGGCGAUAGAGUCAAAGAUUUAUCUUUCCCAGAUACCGCCAUCAGUUAUGGAGUUGAGGUCAGAGUGGUGGGAAGAGCCUCGCAAUUCCAGCCACUGAUAGACCCAGUAACUUCGGACGAGUUUGUGAUGAUGGAGGAGUCCAGUGCAUUUGUCAGGGUGAUCCCCCACGAACUGCAUGUUGAUGAAGUGGACAAACAAGAUCUCCAGCUCGAAGCUAAGCUUGUUUACCAAAAUCUUUUGAGCAGAGUUAACCAAAAGAUCCAGUUAGGCAAGGAUCUUACUAGUGAAGGUAAAGGAGAUACUGCGAGAGAAUUGCUUCGAAAGCUUUCCAUUUCAAAAAGGAGACAAUUGUAUACCACCCAGAACCAUACGAGGGCAGCAGAGUAUGAUGACGACGAUACAUCGGAGCAUAAGAUAUCGAUGCCAUUGAAAAGAAAGCAAACCAUUACCUCCAAUCCUAAGAUCGUGGGGUUCCUAGAAUUGUCAAGUCCUCGACAGAAUCAUGUGGUGAAGUACAUCCCUGCUUUUAAGUAUCAUGAACGUCAAAGCGUUGGAAGCACUCUCACCACCAAACUUAGGAUUCCGGUUGAUAUUUUCUUCAAGGCAUUAGAAGCUCGUAAACCCCCAGAAGUCAAGAGUGUUUCCACCGAGUUGGUAGUGUUUACGUCAAGAUCAAGUAAAUACCCAGUACCGGUGGUGAUAACUCCGGGGAUGGUGUACAACAACACUUAUGGACCAGAUGACUUUGAACACAAUAUUGGGCUGAAGUUCAAAAAGUACUUGGACGAGAUCACCGAGCUCAUCAAUAAAGUCGGACAUGAAGCAAUGGGUGUCGAUUCCCAAAUGAUUAUGGACAUCAAGGCACUCGCAGACUUGUCUUGUAAGUACCACUUUCUCAAGGUGGAUGAUGUUCAUGUCAAAUCGGAAGGAGGCCUUUCUCACUGGGAUGUUGAUAAGGCUGGAACUGACAGCAUGAAAGGUCAAUACAAAAAGUCCCUUGACAUUUUCAUAGAUUUAAACUCGGUGCUAUCCAAAGAAAUCGCCAUUUCAAGCGAAGACCUCCAAAAAGGAUGCUUCACCUUAGUCCCAGGAUUCCAAACUUGUAUCAUGGGAAGGUUGUACUUUUUGAAAAUCACGGUAAAGUUCCAGAACCACGAGAGCAUAAGUCUCAAGCUACCCCUUGACAUUGUCUCUCGACAAAGGGAUUAGUGUAGAUAACAAUAGUAAAUGUCAUAUAUUAAUUUUUAG